GCCAAAACAAAGACGAGCUCUUCGUUUUCCUCUCACUAAAACACAAACUACAUUAGCAACUUUCUUCUCUCCUGUUCGAAAUGGGCGACAAAAAGCGUCCUAAGCGUAUUUUUGUGAACGGCGUGGACAAAUAUUCCUCCAAAAACAUCGCCGAGUAUUUAUCCACCUGCGGAGAGAGAGUGGAAGAUAUAGACGAUGAUGAGGAUUUUCCUCUCCCACAAUCAGAGGAACCUGCCUUCCUGGUGGUCGGCUCGGUGUCCUCCGCCUCCAUUGAGAAACCCAAUUAUUUGUUGGAGCAGUACUCGUCGCUAAGCAGAGAGGAGCUUCUUCCACGUCUACUAGAGUGCGACGUGGUGGUGUACAACAUCUCAGAGAAUGCAACACUAAAUGAAAUUGAAGAGGCAACAUGGGCAGUCACAGCCAUUCACGGGGAAAUGGAGCAUUUCAAGUCGAAGAAAAUGUUCAUUCUAAUCUCAACGGUGAUGACGUGGGCCAUGACCAAACCACAGGACUCGGAAGAACCGGAUUUGUUGGUGACAGAGGAAGAGUUCCGAAAAAGACGACCUCAUCCUAGUUUCAAACACCACAACAAUAUGGAGAAACAUGUGCUUAAACUGGGAGCAGGGAAAAAAAACAAGUUGAAGGGUUAUGUCCUGGCUGCUGGUCUACAAUAUGGGAAGGGAGAGAAUCUCUUUCACUACUUUUUCAAGGUGUCUUGGCUUUCUGAGUGUACAAAAGUUCCCUUAUUUGGAGAGGGCACAAAUUACAUCCCCACCAUCCACGUGUUGGAUCUUGCGCAAGUGAUACAAAAUUUGAUUGAAAUCAAACCCAAGUCGAAGUACAUUCUUGCUAUUGAUGACUCCAAAAACACAAUGGAGGACAUUGUAAAGGCCAUCAGUGAAGUGCUCGGACCAGGAAAAAUAAAUAAAUUGCCAAAUAAGGAAGCAGUCACCAUGAAGGCCUUCAAGCCAGAAGAACUUGAGUAUCUCAGCCUUAACCUUCGCUUGGAUGCUUUUAUUGUCAAAGACUCGUUAGGCUUCACCUGGAUAGCAGAAAGUGGCAUGGUUGAAAAUAUAGAGCUCCUUGUGGACGAAUACAGACACACCAGGAAAUUACUUCCAAUCAGAAUCUGCCUUACCGGACCUCCAGCUGUGGGUAAAAAUACAGUCGCUGCAAAGCUAUGUGAGCAUUACCGGAUACAUCACAUCAACAUCCGAAAGCUCAUUGAAGAAAAGAUGAAGGAGCUGACAGAAAUAAUGGAAAGAAGUGACCUUGAUGUCAGUGACGCGGAAACGGCACAGAGCCAAUUGGAAAAUAUUAAAACAAGCAUGGACAAGAAUGCAGGUCGACUGGAGGAUGAUCUACUUUUAGACAUGUUGACAGAGAAGCUGAAUUCGAAGCCAUGUAGGAACCAAGGAUAUGUUUUCUAUGGCUUCCCGAGGACCUAUGAGCAAGCAGAACUGAUGUUUAGUGCUGAGGAUACAGAAAGCGACGGGCCCAACAAAACCCCCGCACACAACAGCAUCACACCAGAAUUUGUGUUUGCCCUGGAAGCAACCGAUGAGUUCCUGACUAAAAAAGUACAAGCCCUUCCCGAGAGCGUGGCCCAAAAAAGGGGGCUCACCCAGGACGAGUUUAUCCCUCGGCUGUCCAGAUUCAGACAACUGAUCCGGGCUGCGGAAACUUCUCUCGACUACUUUGAUGAGCUGGAAAUAUACCCGACAUACAUAGACGUCAACCGGGACGAUCCCGACUUCACGGACAUUGUGAACAAAAUCCUCGAAGGGGUGGGGACUCCCAAGAACUAUGGCCUCAGUCCUGAAGAGCAGGAGGAGGAGGACAGGAGGCGAGAAAUGGAGAGGAAGCAGAAACUGGCCGAGGAGGCAGCCGAGAGAAAGCGCAAAAAGGAGGCCUCGCUAGCUGAAAUUUCAGAGCAGUACGAAGCAUGGCAAAAUAAUCUGGCAGAGGUAGACAGGCAGGAACAUGAGCUUCUGGAGGCCCAAGCUCUCCCGCUGAGGAACUACUUGAUGAAGUAUGUGAUGCCUUCCCUUACUGAAGCCUUGCAAGAAUGCUCCAAGAUCAAACCAGAUGACCCUGUCAGCUUUUUGGCUGAAUAUCUUCUCCGGAUGGACAAGAAAUGAUCAUACAACCUUGUUUCAGCUUCAGAAACUGUGGUAUGACCAAUUGGAGCCAUCACUGACGUAAAAGGCCUCAUGACUCAGCAGACUUCUUGGAAGAGAUGCACUUUUGAGUCCAGCCAAGACGUAAACAGCAUUUAUCCUGUUUUUUUUUAUUUUACAACUGACAAAAGUGAACUUCUUCCCGUAUGUCUAUAAGCAAAAAGAUCCAUAAAUUGAAGUCAUGACAAGGUCUUGAGUUCAUUGUGGUUAAACUCAGUCAAUCAUGUGUACAGUGUUAGUAUGCUUUGUCACCACUAGAUGGUGGAGUGACCCCUUUUAAGAACAUCUCCAACAAACUUCAUUGGUCAAAUACAAAUCUUAUUAUGCUUUUGUGUUCAAUAUAUCGAGAAAGAGU